AUAUUCACUUUCAGUGUAGUUACUCAUUCACUGUGAGUGAGGCUCAGACAGGAUAGCUGUAUGGUGGAGAAGAAGCAAAAAGAUGGAUUUUAGAGGUGGUUUGUGUUGAAACUUAAUCAUAGUGUCCUGUACAGUAAUACUGUGCGUCAUUAGAUAUAGUUUGGGAUAAGGACACAUCCUGCAGCAUAAAGAGGUCGUGUUCCUAUCUGCUGCUGAAUGACUGUGAUGUGGUCCUGUGUGGCCUUAGUGCCUGUCCUUCUGCUCCUGUCCUCCCUGCAGCCCAGUGAGGCUGGGAGGGUCCUGGUCUACCCUGUCGACGGCAGCCACUGGCUCAACAUGAGGAUACUGGUGGAGGCUCUUCACACCCAGGGUCACCAGGUGACCGUUCUGCGCUCCUCCACCAGCUGGUACGUGGCUGAACACUCCCCCCACUACACCUCCAUUACUGUGCCCCAGGCUCAGCCCCAGAACAUUGAGAGUCAGGAGUUCAUGGCCCACUUCCUGAAGAGGUCGCUGGAGAUCCAGCGUGGCAAGGGCUCACCCUGGGCCUUCCUGCAGUUCUGUGGGAACCUCUUCAGCAUGCUGAGGCAGAACCAGGAGAUGGUGGCCGAGCUGGUCGUCACCAUGUUUGAGAACCAGACUCUGAUGAGAGAUCUGAAGGAGGCUGAGUAUGACCUGGUCCUGACUGACCCAGUGUUCCCUGCCGGGGUCCUGGUGGCCCACUACCUCCAGCUCCCCCUGGUUCUCAAUGUGCGCUGGGUCCUCAGCGGGGAGGGACACUUUGCCAUCGCUCCCUCGCCAUUAUCCUACGUCCCUCAAGUAUUCUCCCGCAACUCUGACCAGAUGAACUUUGCACAGAGGCUGAAUAACAUAUUCUACCACUGUCUCAGCUACUACAUGUAUCGUUACGUCUCCAACCCGCCUUACCAGGCCGUGUGCGACCGCUACUUUGCCCCUGAUGAGGUGGACGUCAUAUCCCUUAUCCAGGGAGCUGAUCUGUGGCUGAUGAGGGUGGACUUCGUCUUUGAGUUCCCUAGACCCACCAUGCCAAACGUAGUCUACACGGGCGGGUUCCAGUGCAAACCCUCCAAGCCUUUACCUGCAGCUUUAGAGGACUUUGUCCAGAGUUCUGGAGAACACGGGGUGGUGGUGAUGUCACUGGGGACUCUGUUGGGUGGACUGGGUCCAGAGAUAACAGAGGUCAUAGCCUCAGCCUUCGCCCGGCUGCCCCAGAAGGUGAUGUGGAGACACCUGGGAGAGAGGCCUUUGUCUCUAGGCAACAACACCCUGCUAGUGAAAUGGCUGCCUCAGAACGACCUCCUGGGUCACCCCAAAACCAAAGUGUUCGUCACACACGGGGGCACCAACGGGAUCUACGAGGCCAUCUAUCACGGAGUCCCAGUGUUGGGUAUCCCUCUCAUCUUUGACCAGUUUGACAACAUGGUGCGCAUGAAGGCCAGAGGAGUGGCAGAGGUUAUGGAGGUUACAACGUUAGAGGUGGAAUCCUUAACACAGACUCUGAUGGACAUUCUGGAUGAAGAGAAGCCCUACAGAGAGAAUAUGAGAAGACUAUCACGGUUGCACCACGACCGGCCUAUAGAACCUUUGGACAGCGCCAUCUUCUGGCUGGAGUUUGUUAUGCGACACAAGGGGGCAGCUCACCUACGUACAGAGUCCUAUAAGAUGCCAUGGUAUGUCUAUCAUAAUGUGGAUGUUCUAGCACUGCUGCUGGGCUCUGCUCUGCUUGUUCUGGUGUUGUUUGUGGUUUCCUGUAUGUGCUUGGUAAGAGGAUUACGAAAGAGGAGAAAGUCCAAGUUGGAGUGAUUAUGUUACUUACUUAGUUAUUACACUGCUAACAAUCCAACCAUACAGUAGAUAGAUGUGGGGAAAGCAAUUGCAAAACACCUGAAGGUUGUUAUAAUGGGAUUUCCAAAGUGUGUCUGUCUCUGGUAUUUUAUGUAGAGAACCUUCCUAAUAUGUCAAGGAUAUAGGUUGAAUCAAGGUUUUAUUGGGUUAUUACGAUGCAAUCCUGCAUUUGCUGUGUAUUUUCACUCAUGUUAUCAAUUUUAUAAUAUACAGUGUAAAU